AUGACCCGAGGAUCGUCGGGAGAAGAGAAAGAGAAAGAAUCAGCGGGCGGCACCGCCAAAGACGCCUCGAAAGAGAGAAGCGAAGAAGUUGGCCAGAGCCGCCCCACCCCCCAAUCGCCGAAUGCCACAGUAGAAAUGGGGAAGAUCUUGAGCUCGGCCGGGAUUCAGAUCGUCUCGAUGGGACAGAUCCGACCCGUGCAUCGGGCAUGAAGCGAGAACGACGAUCGAGUUUUCCGUCGGGUGCGAGAGAAUGCGUCAUUUGAGACCGCGAGUUCUUGAAGCUCAAAGGACAAAGCAGUCUUUGGACCGGUUCGUUCGGCAAUCGAGUCUCGGGUCGAGUGCAGCCCAGGGGUGUCAAACACACGGUUCAUCAGGCCCGCCGUCGGUUCGAGAAAUUUCCGCUUGGAUUGACCUUCAGCACAAAUUUCA